UAGCAACGAGUGAUUUCAGUUUCCAUUUCAGUCACUUUGAGAGCAUGAAGGACGACGCCAUCGUCUGCAACAUCGGACACUUUGACUGCGAGAUCGACAUGAACUGGCUGAACAAGAACGCCGCGGAGCGCAUCAACGUGAAGCCGCAGGUGGACCGGUACCGGUUGAAAAAUGGCCGCCACGUCAUCGUGCUGGCGGAAGGCCGCCUGGUGAACCUGGGCUGUGCCAUGGGACACCCGUCUUUCGUCAUGAGCAACUCCUUCACCAACCAGGUUCUGGCCCAGAUCGAGUUGUGGACGAACACGUCCAAGUAUCCGGUUGGAGUCUACUUCCUGCCCAAGAAGGUGAGCGGCCAAUCAGAAGCGGAGGAACCGGCCCGAUGUUUUCAUCUAGAUCAGGGGCCUCAGUCGGUUUGCCAGAGUCUGAGGCCGGGCCGCACAAACGAUUCCACAAAAAGUAUUGUAAAAAUAUCCUCACGUCAUCAUUUAAGUAUUUCUCCAAUACAUGAACUGCAUAUGGAGGACCCUAAGAAAUAAAAGCAUAAAUAUA